UUCGGUGAAGGCUCGAGUCUCCUCCCUAUCGCUGGCCGCGGAAUCGCUGAGACCCCAGCCGUCGUUUAGCCCGCAAUUUCACCCACUCUCCCAACCCGGUCAGCCGCUUGCUGGGUACCGAGAGAUAGAUCGGAGCGGCCCCGUCACAGAUUGAGGACGAUAUCCAGCGGAUGGCGGCUCCUUCACCGAGUUUUUAGUGAAAGAAAGCGGCUCUGAGAUUCAGAGAAGCUGAGAGUAACACCUACCCAACAUCCUGGAAGUGGAAAUUGAAGAAGAGGUCCAGCCCACAGCACAGACAGCUGCGAGUACUUCUGCCGAAGGGGGUCCCGGGCCAAUACUGGGACAGCAGGGCUCCCCAGGGCUGGACGGUUCGGCCCAAAGACCGUCUGUCCAGAAUGAGGCUGGGGCACUGUCCCAGCAUGCCCUGCGGCAGGCCCAGGAGACCUCGGGGAGCCCGGUGGAGCCACAGAGCGGCCGGGGGCCUGGAGAGGUCGGGGCUGUGGUGGACAAGGGGGGAGACCCAGGGGGGGAGAGCACCGAGACCGAACCACCCCCUCCCCCUUCCACUCCUCCACCACUCCCUCCAUCGUCAGCCACAUCGCCCCUACAAAGUCAGGUCUGCCAGGACUCCCAGUUCAUUACAGACAAAAAACCAGUAACAGCGGCUGACACCAGCAACCCAGUGUUAUUGGGGCUCCCCUCUCCUGUGGCAGCCACCCCCCCCUCCUCCUCAAUGUGUACCCCCCAGAACAGGAGCUCUAGCAGGGGGUUUGGGGCUGGGGGGUCUGCCAGCGGCAGCUUCUCCCUUCCCUCCUCCGCUCACCUCCUCUUCUCUCCCUUCACCCCUCUCCGAGGGCCCCACGGCAAGUUCAUCUCCCCUGGCCUCAGGGCCUCUACCCCGGGCCCCUCCGAGCACGCCCCCCGUCCUGCUAAGUGGGACCGCAGCCCUGCAGACAUCGCAGAGCAAGCCAAACACGAAGCUGAUAUCGAGCACCGCACUGCCUCUCUGAAGAGAGAGGGGUUCUGGUCUCUCAAGCGUCUGGCCAAGGUGUCAGAACCGAGCCGGCCCAAGGUCCAGUGGGAUUAUCUGUGUGAGGAGAUGCAGUGGCUGUCAGCUGACUUCGCCCAGGAGAGGAGGUGGAAGAGGGGUGUGGCCAGAAAGGUCGUGCGUAUGGUGAUGCGUCAUCACGAAGAAUUGAGGCAGAAGGAGGAGAGAGGAAAGAGGGAGGAGCAAGCCAAGCUGAGACGCAUCGCGGCAACAAUUGCUAAGGAGGUCCGGACUUUCUGGGCAAGUGUGGAGAAGGUGGUGCAAUUCAAGCAGCAGUCACGCCUGGAGGAGAAGCGAAAAAAGGCCUUAGACCUGCAGCUGGAUUUCAUCGUGGGGCAGACUGAGAAGUACUCUGACUUGCUCAGCCAGUCCCUGAACGAGUCUGCAAGGGCCUCUAGGGGCCACCCGGGGCCCUCCUUGAGCAGGGGCUCCUCCUACCCCAGCUUGCCAGCUUCCAGCCUGCCUCCCUCGGACUCCAUCACUGAGGAUGAGGACGGAGACUUUGAGCCCUGCGAGGAAGAGGAGGGGGAGGAAGACGAUGAGGAGACCAUAGAGGUGGAGGAGCGUCGCGAAGGCAAUGAUGCCGAAAGCCGGAGGAGAGAGCUGGAGCUGCUCAAGCAGGAGGGGGAGCUCUCCUUGGAGGAACUGCUGGAGAGCCUGCCCCGGGGGCUACUGGAGGAGGUAGAGACACCCCCAACUACCCCUCCACCCUCUCCUCCUAGCGACAAGGAAAAACCGCGCAGCCCCCCAGCCAGGAGUUUGGCACGGCCCUCCAGGGGGGAGGAAGAGGAGGAUGAGGAGUUCACAGCCAACGAAGAUGAAGGUGAGGACGAGGAAGAUACUAUUGAGGCUCAGGAGAAGGUGGAAGGGGAGGCUGAUCACACUGCGGAGCUGGGCGAUCUCGUUCAGGAAGGUGAGAUGUCCAUUGAAGCGCUGCUGGAGAAGUACUCUGGCGCUUACGCGGACGACUUUGAACUGCCUGCAUCGGAGGAGUCUCGAGGGAGCUCUGAGGAAGAGGAUUCCUCUGAGAACGAUGACGAAGAGGACGAAGAUCCUGACGAACACAGCCAGUCUUCAGACUCGACAGGAUCUACGGAGAGUGAGGAGGAGGAGGAGGAGGAGGAGGAGGAGGAUGACGACGACGAUGAUGAAGAGGAGGGCGACAUCGGCAUGGCCUUCCUCCUCAAACCAGACCACCCCCACUCCGAUCAGCCCCCCCAGCGGGUAGAGGGAGAGGUGGAAGGGCAGAGCAAGGCGGGUGUGCCCCCGCGCCCCAAAAAGGAAAUCACUGACAUCGCUGCCACGGCAGAGAGCCUGCAGCCCAAGGGGUACACCCUGGCCACGGCACAGGUGAAGACUCCAAUCCCGUUUCUGUUGCACGGUACCCUGCGAGAGUACCAGCACAUCGGACUGGACUGGCUGGUCACCAUGUAUGAGAAGAAGCUUAACGGGAUACUGGCUGACGAAAUGGGACUGGGCAAGACCAUCCAGACCAUCUCCUUACUGGCGCACCUGGCCUGCGAGAAAGGUAACUGGGGUCCUCAUCUCAUCAUUGUACCUACCAGUGUGAUUCUGAACUGGGAGAUGGAGUUCAAGCGCUGGUGCCCUGGCUUCAAGAUCCUCACUUACUACGGAGCGCAGAAAGAGCGCAAACUGAAGAGACAGGGCUGGACCAAACCCAAUGCCUUCCACGUGUGCAUCACGUCCUACAAACUGGUCCUACAGGACCACCAGGCUUUCCGUCGCAAGAACUGGAGAUACCUAAUACUGGACGAGGCGCAGAACAUCAAGAACUUCAAAUCCCAGCGCUGGCAGAGCCUGCUCAACUUCAACAGCCAGCGUCGCUUGCUCUUGACAGGCACGCCCCUGCAGAACAGUCUGAUGGAGCUGUGGUCUCUGAUGCACUUCCUCAUGCCUCACGUGUUCCAGUCGCACCGCGAGUUCAAGGAGUGGUUCAGCAACCCGCUCACCGGCAUGAUCGAGGGGAGCCAAGAGUACAACGAGAAUCUGAUCAAGAGGCUGCACAAGGUGCUGCGCCCCUUCCUCCUGCGCAGGAUCAAGGUCGACGUUGAGAAGCAGAUGCCCAAAAAAUAUGAGCACGUGAUCCACUGCCGGCUGUCCAAGCGACAGCGCUGCCUCUACGAUGACUUCAUGGCUCAGAGCUCGACGCGAGAGACUCUGGCCAGCGGUCACUUCAUGAGUGUGAUCAACAUCCUGAUGCAGCUUCGAAAGGUGUGUAACCACCCCGACCUGUUUGACCCCCGGCCGGUUCACUCCCCCUUCAUCACCAGCGGGAUCUGCUACACCACGGCCUCUCUGGCGCUCCGGGCCCUCCACAGGGACCCCUUCAAGCAGGUAGACCUCAGUAUGUUUGACCUGGUCUCCCUGGAGCCGCACGUCUCUCUGUACGAAGCAGACGUGUUUCUGCCGCGCAGGAAGGUGACCCGACAACUCAUCGAGGAGAUCAUGGACUCCCCCGCCCCGCCCCCGCGCCCCAAACCCGUCAAGAUGAAGGUCAACAGAAUGUUCCAGCCCAUGCCGAAAUCAGACGGCCGAACUGUGGUUUUGGUGAACAGCCCUCGCCCCUCUGUUUCAGCCCCCCCUGCCAGGACCGUCUCCAUGGAGACGGGGGUCCAGCCACCGCUGGCUGCCCCCACUCCCUCCCUGAGAGCCCCCCACCUCUUCCAGACGAAUCAGAGCAUAGCGACCCCAAUACUGGCAGCACCCCUGCCAGUCGCACAGCACGGACCCUCUUCCCUUCUACCAGCCUCGUCUCCGGUCGCUCCAGCCGGGCCGAAACCCGGGUGGCCAGGGGGUCACGUGAAAGCGGUCUGUCUCCCUGUUCCUAAUGCCUCUGGGCAACCAGGCAGCUCUCCUCCAGGACUGACCAGCUACACAGUGCCAGCGUCCAGCGGGACGGUCACUCAGAGGGUCAUCCUGUCUCCUGAGAUGCAAGCGAGGCUGCCUUCAGGUGAGGUGGUCAGUAUUGCCCAGCUAGCCUCUCUGGCCAGUCGUCCAGUUCAGACUGCUCAGGGAAGCAAGCCGGUCACUUUUCAAAUCCAGGGGAACAAGCUGACUCUGUCUGGAGCGCAGUUGCACCAGGUCAGCCUCACCGCACAGCAGAGACCGGGUCCUGGUAAUGUAGUUCACCUGGUCUCCACCGGAGGGCAGCACCACCUAAUCAGCCAGCCCACGCAGGUGGCACUGAUCCAGGCUAUUAACCAGCAAGGCUCCAGCCAAUCACAGCCACCGCAGCAAGGGCCAGCAGGGAGCCCUGGCGUGACGCCGACAACCGUCACGGUGCCCAUGUCCAGCACGCAAGUACCCUCUUCAGUCGUCACCAGCUCAGGGAUUGUGAAAAUCGUUGUUCGCCACGCUCCCAAAGAAGGGGUCCCCACCCUGGCUGUCCAGCCUUCACCCCGAGCCCCUCCGAACCCCGCUACGGGCAUCCCGGGACAGGGGAACCCCAAAAUUCAAGCGCAGGGGUUCCUCAGAGCCACUCUCCCGCAGCCCGCAACGAUGACAAACUCUGCCACUCUGAUCAGGCCAGGACUGCCUGCGUCCGUGUCCAACGCGGACUCCGUGAGACAGCCCCCGACUCCUCCUUCCCAGGCAGUCCGGACAUCGCUGGCUCCCAUCCGGGCCAGUUUAACCAGUGUGACCAGUACCAGUUCCAGGGCCCCCGCAGUGGCUGGGAUGUUGGCCCAGGCGCAGCUGUUGAAUCCUGGGCAGGUGCAGCAGCAGUUAUCCCUGCACUCUUCAGCUGCUGUGACAAGCUGCCCCCACCCUCAGCCCCCGGGCUGCAGCGCCACAGCGCCCCCUGUCAGAGCCCCGCCCCUCAGGGUGCUGCAGAGCAGUGUGGGAGGAGCUGAGCAAGUGCGCAGACCCGAGCAACAGUCACGCUCUCCUCACCCCGUGACUUCAGUAGUGGGACGCGAGAGAGCGUCCCCCACCGCGCCCCCCUCCUUCGGGGGGAGGAAGUGUCACGUGUCCGGGGCGGGAGUCGGUGGUGGGGAGGCACGCUCUCCGUUUUACAUGCCCUGCCUGGACAAGCGCAAGCAGCUCCAGCGAGCUUCCAGACUCGACCGGCUCUUCCAGCUCAAUGAGAGGCAUUGCGCGGCCCGGCCGGUCUACGGGGCGGAGCUUCUGGGGCUCUGCUCUUUCAUGGGCUGCAGCGCCGUGGCCCCGCCUCCUGAGGGGGAGUGGCAGGGUUCCGGGUACGCCCACUGCCUGAAUGCUGUCCAGUCACUGGCCGGCUGGGGUCGUACCCGCCCACUGACAGAAGCCAUUCGCAACCCAGUGCAGAGGAUUGAGGAGCUUGCUGACAUCAUAAACCGGUUUAUCUUUGUGAUCCCCCCGGUGGAAGCCCCCGCCAUCACCAUGCACACCUCCCACCCCCCUCCCUCGCUGCUGCAGCAAGAGGUUGCAUUCAGGGAGAGGCUGAGGGCUGAGCUGCUGCCCCGCUCCGCCUGCCUGCACAGGGUGGUCUGCAACAUGAGGACUCAGUUUCCAGAUCUAAGACUCAUCCAGUACGACUGUGGUGAGCUUACCCUGCACACGCUGCUGCGUCAGCUGAAAUGUGGGGGUCACCGGGUCCUCAUAUUCACACAGAUGACCCGCAUGCUAGACGUGCUGGAGCAGUUCCUCAACUACCACGGGCACAUCUACCUGAGGCUUGAUGGGACCACCAAGGUGGAGCAGAGACAGUCCCUGAUGGAGCGUUUCAAUGCAGACCGGCGAAUCUUCUGCUUCAUCCUGUCGACGCGCAGCGGGGGUGUGGGGGUCAAUCUGACGGGGGCCGACACGGUGGUCUUCUACGACAGCGACUGGAACCCCACCAUGGACGCCCAGGCCCAGGAUCGUUGCCAUCGCAUCGGCCAGACCAGAGACGUGCACAUAUACCGCCUGAUCAGCGAGCGCACGGUGGAGGAAAACAUCCUGAAGAAAGCCAACCAGAAGAGGAUGCUCGGAGACAUGGCCAUCGAGGGAGGCAACUUCACCACUGCCUUUUUCAAAGAGCAAACGAUCCGCGAGCUGUUUGAUUUGACGGAGGGGGAGAGGCGAGAGGCGGAGCAGCAGAUGCAGGGCGUUUCCAAACCAGAGGAGGAGGACUCUGUGAGCUCAAAACACACCUCCAUUCUGGAGCAGGCUCUGUGUAAAGCCGAGGACGAGGAGGAUAUUCGUGCAGCGUCGCAAGCGAAGGCAGAGCAGGUGGCAGAGCUGGCAGAAUUCAACGAGAACAUCCCGUUGGAGGAGGGGGGCGAGGGGGCGGGGCGAGACGAAGAUGAGGAGCUGUCCAGGGCAGAGCAGGAGAUCGCCGCCCUAGUGGACCAGCUCACUCCCAUUGAGAGGUACGCUAUGAAUUACCUGGAAGCAACAUUGGAGGACGUCUGUAAGGAGGAGCUGAAACAGGCUGAGGAGCAGGUAGAAGCUGCCAGAAAAGAUCUGGACCAAGCUAAGGAUGAGGUGCUGUGCCUGGCCCCCAGCGAGGAGGACGAGGGCCCCCCAGAGGAGACCCCUAACCGCCGAGGGAGGAAGCCGAAAGAACGGGGGGCCGGCGCCAGCACCAGAGUGAGCGAGAGACUUCGGGGUCCCCGCGCCCCGGCAAGAGCAGAAACCCCAACAGAGACUCGACCGUCUACGCCAAGCCCGGAGACGCUGCCCGCAGCUCCAGAGGAGACGGAAGGAACGGAGGGGUCGCCCGACGAGGGCAGAGCUGGUGUUCGCAGAGACGAGGAGGAGGAGGAGGAGGAGGAUGAUGAGUGCACGUCCGCGCAGGAAGACGAAAAAGAGUCUAGCGAAGAAGGCUCGCCCGCGGCGCUGCCAAAAGAUCGACCUGGACCGGACGCGAGCGGAGUUGAAUCGGAUGGAGCCGAGCCGCUGGAGAGAGGGGCGAUGGGAUCGGAUACUGCUGCGGGCAAAGAGGAAGAGAGUUCAGACGGACAGGAACCAGGUUUAACUGCGUCCGAAGACAGCGCUGAGUUCGCAGACAACAACACCUCCACCAGCAGCAGAGAGCUGGAGUCUGAGUCGCCCGUUGAUGAAGACACGCGGCAAGAGUCGUCUGCGCUCGCGAGCGAAGACGGGUCCACCCUUUCCGCGGAGAACUCCGCCAGGAAACCCCUGUCCUCCUGCUGUGCCAACGAGGUCAAAGCCGGGGAACUGGUGCCUCCUACGCCCUUGCAAAAAGACCAACAGGAUCUUGAUUCGCGCAGAGACCUGGGACUGGCGGCUGACCCGCCAGAGGCAAGCGCCGGCCCCAAGAUCGGGGUCCGAAAAGCGUUUUCCCCGACUGAACGAAACCCGAAAGAAAUGGAAGGGAAAGCCGUAGAGGAGCCUGGAGACUCGGUGAGGGAAGGAAAACCUGACGACGAAGCAUCUUCGGGGUCUGGAGAGUCUCCUCCUCCUUCUGCUCUUAAAGAGACUGUAGGGCCUGAAAAUAUGACUUCAGUCAGUUGCCAUUCUGCAGCAGCGCAAGAGGAAGAGAAGGAAUCUUUGGCGGCACGAGACAAGCCCAGUCACGCUGUUGAAGAUGGCCGUGCCCCUGCUGACUCUGUGUGCUCUGUUCCCAGUGUCACACUGACCACCAGGCAAUCGGCUAGUGAGACAGGACCAGAUUUGAGGCUCGAAGUCUCCUCGCCCGGCGACGUUUUGAAGCCAGGGCUGUCCACUGCUGAGAGACCUGGCGGCCAGGAGAACGAAACUGGGGGGUCGGAGAAGAUGGACGCAGUGGGAGAGCGCGAGCUGCGCGGUGUGACCGUUUCGCUCCCCGGGCUUACCAACUCCAAGAUCAACGAAGAAGAGGAGGCAGCGCAGGUGGAUGACGCCCAAGAGCCACCGGAGAAAGACCCGGAGGCCGCCCCCCUCCGAAACGACGAGAAACCCGAAAGCGUUCCACCGCUCGCCUUAGACCCCACAACUCAAAAUCCUCCCCUCCCUAACAGUUCCCACUCUCUCGUCCCGGACCUGUCCAAACUCACUGAGCCACUGCUGACCGAACCCACUGGGGGGGAAGCCGUUCCUCUUCCAGAGCUUUUCGGGGAGGAGGGGACAGUCGUUCGGAAUUCGUACCCUGCUCCGUCGCCGCCACCUCUUUGCGAGGAAACUGAACGAGCGCUGAAUUUCUGUCGCGCCUCCCCUCCUUCUCAAACGGACAUAGAAAACCCAGAUCCUGGGGAUAAACCAAUUCGGCCGCCUGCCCAGGUCAAAAAACCCCUUCCUGAACCCAGCCUAGACGGCGAAGCCACGGUCAGGUUGGGGACUGGAGCUCCAGGUCCGCAAACCACCUCGGCAGUGCCUUGGGAAAAAGUUAAUCGAGUUUCCUCUGCGGAAGUAGCAGCCGCUUGCCCAGAAACGCAGGUGGAAAAACAGCCCCUCGCUGUAGGCACUCUGUCAAAACGCCUGUCCGACUCCUCUGCAGACCCCGGAAAAGAAACCAAAGGAAGACACUCGGCCGCGGCUGGUCCAGAUUCCUUGCGACCGGACGAGCCCCCCGUAGUGGAAACGUCAGCACCUUCUGUACAGGAGGCGGUAGAACCGGAACCAGUGAAUCCGAUUCCCAAGUCUUCAGAAUCGCUGGCCGUCAAACCAGCAGCAUCGACUUCUCGUCCUAAACUGCAUUUGCCGAUCGAGGUGAACUACUACAAGCUGGACUCUGAGAAGGUGAAGGGACUGCAGGAGGCAGUGACGAGGGCCAAAGAGCAUGUGCUGGUGCGCGGUGAAAAUGCAGGCGGAGAGGAGAGUGUGACGGUUUUGCUGCAGCACCGAAGAUCCACCAACGCCACCGCAGAGAUGCUGGGACAGGAGUCCCAAAGCUUGGGUUCAAGAACCGAUGCCCACAACGACGAAGCCAGCGAGCUCCCGGAGGCUGCUUCCGUUACGGCAGAGGGUCAGCGGGAGAAGCUGUCGUCUCCCGGGUCGCCGCAGGGCUGCCCUCUGGCCAGAUCUCCGAGGAGGAGGCUGACCGCCGACAACGAGAUCCUGAACAGCAUGAAAGACGACUCCCCGACAGCCAAGGUGCUGAGAAAGCUUCCCGGGCGACUGAUCACCAUCGUGGAGGAGAAGGAAGUGAAGAGGAGGAGGAGAGCUGGGGUUCCCAGAAAGGAGGGAGUGGGAGAGGAGCCCGAUGCGUCCUCGUCGCCCACGUCCCAGUCCCCUUCGAACAAUCGGGAAGCCGGCACCGCGUCCGGUGUUGCGAACAACGUUCACGCCUCCAGCGGUCACUCGGAUUCAGAGUCCACGGCCACCUCUCUGGGCAGCCCCAGCAGAGACGUCAAAGAUAUGCCUGUGCUGAGGAACCUCCCGGAGCGGCGCAGAAUGGAAACGGAGUCCAGGAUGGCAGCCCAGCAGGGGGAGAAACCUGGGGGGCGUCUGGGCAGGAAGAGAAAGGUUUUGGCCAGUCCCGAAGGAGGAGGGACGAGGUCCUCGGAAAACGAGGGCAGCCCGUCUCCCCAAAGGCCUGACCUCUCCCCACCCAAAGAAGGGACCGACAACGAUGAUUCCCCCCCCAAACGCAAAAGGGGCAGACCACCCAAAACCCCUCCCAGGAUCCAGAUCUCAGACGAACCCUGCUCCCCCCGGCCGACCGACAGCAAGUCCAGCCCUCAGGAUCCCAGCUUGCUUGGGACCCCCGAAGAAGGCUGUGGCGAUAGCGCGUCUUCCAAUCCGGAAGGGGGUUACGAAAGAGCGUCUCCGUCUACCAAACGCAAGCGUGGGAGACCCCCAAAGUAUCCGAGGCCUGCGGUUGAGACAGCCGACUCCCCCCCUCCUGCUCAAGGGGAGAGGGAGGGGACAGAGGAGGUGGGGUCUGACCAAUCCAAAGCCAUGGGUGACAAAGCAGCGGAGAUAGGAGGAGGGCAGGUGGACGUGGGGAGGAGGAGCCAACAAGGUAAGGCAGGUCACGACAGAGAGGACAAAAAGGAGGUUGACGGAAUCGAGUCGGAGAACGAAGAGAGAGAGGAUGGAAGAGAAGAGAAAAAAGAUACCGAAGCAGACCGAGGGGACGAGAAAGAGAGGCUGAGGGAGUCGUCUCGCAGGGAGGGCAGAGACGCGAAAGGCAGGAGGAGGGAAGACUCGGACAAAAGCAGAAGAACUGGCUCCGCGGAGGAAGAUUUGGAAGCGUGCGGGCGCCCCUUGCUCCAAAACCAGGAGUGCCGCAGUCGGCAGAGGACGGGGCGCAAGAGAACCGCGGGAAACGACAAGGACAGCAACUCCGAGGGGGAGAGAGAGGGAGCGGAAGGGGAGGGCUCGGACCAGGGCAGCGGGCUCGCGGGAGUGACAGCCGAGCCCCCCGAAGUCGCAACUGCAGAGAGCAAACGCGGGAGGGCUCUGAAGAGAAGACCCACUGGUGAGUCCGGUCGCAGGGCCACCAGAUCUAGCCAAGGAUCCGGGGACAAGUCGUCCGGUGGUGGGUCGUCUUCGGAUGAGAGGAGCUUCUCUGCCGUGGCCAAGAAAAAAGACAGGCCGAGGAAGAGGCGGAAAGCCUCGGGUUGCUUGUCUGAACAGAAGUCCUUGAAAUCCCAGAGAUCCACCAGGAGGAGUAGGAGGAGGAAUAGAAGGGAGUCCGGAUCCUCCCGGAGCCAGGAUUCGAGAUCGGAUGAAAGCAGCGAGGAGGAGGAGGGGGGAGAUGCCAAACGGUUGACCAGAGCUGCCAAACUGAGGAUGGGCCACGACGGACAGCGACUGCCGAGGAAAAAGAAGACCCCUUCGGUGUCCGCAACUACCACGACCGGGGACGAUUCGGGCAGCGAGGCUUCGGUCAGGGCGACCAGGAGAAGGGGCAGCGUCGGCGGUCCCAACGCGGACAGCGAGUGCUGCGGACGCGACGGCAAAAAGCACGCCGCCUCCAGGAGGAGGCGCUGUUCGUCCAAGACGGCUGAAGACAACUACGGAGACGAGGACGACUCUUCCUGCGGACGCCUGCGCAAGAGAACUCCUUCUUGCUCUUCCUCCACCACCACAGUAGCCUCCCAACUCCCCAAGAAACGCUCUUCAGCCUUGAAUGCUGCCGCCAAGCUUCUGGCCAUGAGAGGUAGAGGAGGAGGAGGAGGAGGGAGGACGACAACGACGACGACGACGAGACGAAACCGGGACAGUUCUUCGGCGGACAGCUCUGCCUCGGAGCUCCCAUCACCGAACUGGCACAAGAAAACCCCGGAAGGCAAACUGGGAAACAGGAAAGUUCCCCCGGAGACAACGCCACAGCCGCGGUCUGCUGCCAGGUCUACCAGGCAGAGACCUGGCAGUCUGGUGCCCCCGCUGGAAAACGAGAAGCGGAUUCCCAGAGGCAAGCCAGAUUCGGCCGGCAACAGCCGGAGCAGGAGCAGGAGUCGUUCCAGGAGGCUGCGUUCGGGGAGGGCUUCGGAAGAAUCCUCCAGCGAAGAGGAGGAAGAACGGCCUCGCCCCAAGAGGAAGGGCUCCGAACGGCGCGGGCCAGACUCGGACGGGAACUCCUCCUCCGGGGCGGGGAGAGGGAAGAGGCUUCGCUCUGACCCCAAGGGCCUCAGGACUUCCAGAGCAGGGGCCCGCAGCGAGGAGGGCACCCCGGACAGGGUUCUGCGGAGCGUGGCGGCGGCCGCAGCGGCACAGGCCACCACGCCGGCAAGCAACACCCGUUCGUGUGUGGCCCCUUCGCCCACGCUCAGCUGCAGCAGCGGUCGGAGCCGGAAGUCAAAGACAUGAUGACGGGGGGAGGGAAGGAGGGGACGUCGGGGAG